AUGGAGGUGCUGCAUAUCGGCCUUAAUACCACACAUGAUGCGGAAAGGCUUUUAAGCCCUGUCGCUCUUGCCGAGCUAGGGAUUUCGCUCACGGAUGAUGAGGUGGAUCUUGCCUGUCAUAAACACGAUGUGCAGCAAAACCCGGAGUAUCUAAACUACCUCAUCGACGCGCUCUGCAUUAAUGCCGAGGAUGGUGGGAGUUUAUCGGUAAUGCAGCUGUUAAAUCAGCUUCCCAAUACGAUUGAGGAGAUGGCAAAGCACGUUUAUGACAGGCUUGUGGAUAACUUCAGUAGUAGCUUGGUCUACAGGGUAUUUGGACUCCUACGCGUCUCGCGCUGGGGUAUUCCCGAGAUACAUUUGCGAAUGCUCACCAAAUUACCCCCGCAGCGAUUUCAACAGAUGCUUCGAUACAUGCGCGUUGUUACCGAGCUGCCGCGGCUGUUUUAUUUGAAAUGCCUUGAGAGCGACGCCGACCUGCCGAACAACUACGUGAGGCUGUCGUCACCGGCUUUUAAAUCGCAUUUAGCUCAACUCGAAACACAGCGUUGUGAGGCGCAUGCCUCACAUAAGCGGCCUAAUUUUCACCCUGGAGCCGACAAGUCGCUUGAUAGUGAGAAAACGGAUCGUCGUGUUUGGCAUAAUCACCUCGCGAGUUAUUACCUUUCGAUUGUGCAGAAAAGCACGGACAUUGGGGCCUUUCUUUUGUUAUCCUCGACAGAUAACGAGGCCGCCACGAGCAGUAUAAGCCCGUACGAGCGGUAUGCUCUUAAGGAGCUGCCUUUUCAUCUGGUUCAGGCAGGUCUGUGGGAGUUAUUUAACUCGACCGUUCUUUCCGUACCUUACCUGAUAUUGGUGUAUCGCCAUAAAUUGGCGUAUUCAUACUUGCGCGAUUUGAUUUCGGCUUUUAACCUUCGCUAUGAACUAUUUCUGAGUGGUGAGGAGGACUUCACAAACGAGAUGGAUGGGGUUCAUCAUAUUAGUAAUGCCAGUUAUAGUACGAUCGAAUCUGUACCCGCUACAACAUUACCGAAUCCUCCCCAACCCUCAACAAACGCAAUCCCUAUGUCCCUUGUUCGACUUCGUGAGUAUAUCUAUUUUGUUCGCGAGAAGAGUUAUCACCUUCUCAGUCACCCGGAAACAGUUCUACAGGCCUGUAUUUCGAAGCGCCGCUAUGCAAGUGGCUGUGUGUGGAGAGACGCACAGUCUUUUAUCCUUCAAGUAAAGCAGCACUACCAGCGAAUUCCGCGGUUUGAAAGGGUUGGGGCUGAUAAAACGGCUCUCGAAAAGACAAAGAGGCCACUGCUUUCAUCAAUGGUCUACUUUAGGGUUAUCAACAGCAAUAAAAGCAGCCCCCUUCAUCUCAGGCCCGUAACUUGCAUGCAAUUCACUCCGAAUUGUAAUUUUUUGAUCACUGGCAGCUCUGAUCGUACGCUUUGCUGGGUAAAAACCGAUCACACGGGCUCUUUGUUAUUUAGAGUUCGCCAUCCUUCCGCACAGGUAGAUGGCGUCGCGUGCUGUCGCAAGAACAGUGCAUACGUUGGCGCGCUGAUGGAGGAUUGUUCUUUUCAGGUGUACGACGCGAUCAGCGGAAAGUUGGUUUCCGAACGUGGCGGGCGAGAUACGAGCAGGGCGUUGCGUUCACGAGCACCAGUUGCUGCGUUCCGUUUUUCCGCCAUUGGGAGGUACUAUUUUAUUGCAACUGAGGACCUAAUGCUUUGCGUGUACGCCUCAGAGAGCUCCUUGCUGUUAGCUGAGCUUUCUUGGAGAGAUCUGCUUCUUUGUCAGGCAACCCCACGCACGGAAGGGAAGGAGGCCACCGAAGCGUCCAUCUACACACGGCGUAGCUACAUUCACAUCCUGCCGCAUCCAUCAAUUGACGAGGUGUUCGCCUGCAUCGUCAACGAGAAGCUGCUGCUUUGGAGGGUGGUGGAUAGCAGGGAUGCAUGUGACCCGCUAUCCACUGAGUUUGUCGUGCUCUCAGGGCAGGUGCGGCAAGGAGGAUGGCUGCCGAUACGAUCCUCGGGCGAGGAAGCUAUUUUAUACUCCGCGCACGAUGAUCAACCCUACACCAAAGAGGCGAAACCAGUCCAAGAUGAAAACGAUUCCUACCCCUGCGUGCUAUUAACUUAUGUCGAGCAAGGGCGUAACCCCGAGCUAUGCGAUCCUUUUCGACGACGAAUCACGAGAAGCUUUGUGCUUCCUACGGAAACGGCGUUUGUUCGGCACUACGCCUGUUCCAAUGAUCACGCGCGUAUUGCGUUUGCCACUUCAGAUGGGGAGGUUCUUAUUUAUCCGUUGCAGGGCGCUGUGUCUACUUCUUCUUAUUCUUCCAAAACAUCUAGUUUAUCUCACCAAGGAAGCGAUAUCGAUGAUAAGCUUCCUGUGCCGGUGGUGGUAUCACCUUAUUUCGUGCUUAAGGUGUUUGCAAACUCUUUUAGUUCUCAGCAAACCCUUGUCGGCUUGUCCUUCUAUCAGAGCAGCUCCGCGAUCCUGACGCUAGGAAAUGGGGUCGAACUUAAGUAUUGGGCGCUUCCAACAAUCGAUGAGGAGGAAAUGGAUCUGACAGAUAUCCAAAACAAUGGCAGCGGUUUGAAUAGAGAAAACAGCUGUCGGAUGAUAUCUGAACCACACGGGCAAAUUUUCCUCCAUCGCCCUGCGAGGUGCUGGUGCACAGCCUCUAGAAGGAAACCUGAAAACGACUUUGGGUCGUCAAAUUCAAUUACGAUUGAAGAUGAUGCUAAGUGCAACAUUGCUGUUGGCGAUGACGAGGGCUGCGUAACGCUUUUAAGCAUUUGGAAGCCGUAG